AAAGGCCGAAAUGUGGCACGGGGGCAGAUGUGUGUGGAAAGGAGCAGCGACGGCGCUGUUCGGUUUUAGUGCUGUAUUUGGUCUUCAGGUGACACUAGUCGCAGCAGCCCACGCACGCCAAAGAUGUCGUUUGCUAGCGACAAGCUGUACAAUGGCUACCUGCGCACUCAUAUGCCAACCAUCGUCACCAAGGUCAAAGUGCGCGAGAUUGUGCCCCACUUGCCGUGCCUGACCGAUCAGGACCGGGAGACCAUCGAGGUCAAGCGGGAGAUGUGCGGCAACUUUGACAGCAUGGUGCUGCUGCUGGACUGCCUGAAGAGGCGGGACAGCUGGCUCGAGCACUUCAUCCGCGCUCUGGACAUGUGCGAGCACGGCGCCAUCGCUGCCGAAAUCCAAGCCGAGUAUGACAAGCUCCAAGGUGCCAGUAACUCCGCCCCCAGCUCUCCCCCAACCAGCGUUGUGAAGGUCCACGUCGAUCCCGCUCCGUCCGCUGCUCACCCUUCCGGGUCCGAGAUCAGCAGCCCCAGCCAGGCUGCAACUUUCCCGUCCUGCCCUCCUCAGGCCGACCCGGAACCAGAGAUCCAAACUCCCGUACCCGCUCCACCGCCUGUAUCUGAACAGCCACUUGCCUCCUCUGCCUCUGAAACAGAUAUGGAUCCUCUGGAAAGCUCUGAAUCUAACAAAGCGGUGCCUGAGGAAGUUUCGUUCAGCUGCGACGCGUCGCUUGAAUCCGACCAAGCUGCGGAAUUGUGCGACACAGCCCCGUGCGAUGUCAUUGAAAGCCCGCCGAAAAGUCCCAUUGACUUGGAAGUGACCGACGCUUGCCGGUCCCCCGAGAAGCACCUCGUGCAAGAAACUGCUGCAACUGUGGAAAAACUCACUCCCGCAGCUGUUACGCCAGAAGAUAUUUUGGAAGCUCCGGCAACACAGAUCAUUGUCGAGAAUUGUUCAGCAACAGGAAAUCUUGUGGACCCCGUCUUGUCCGCUGCUGCCGCCUCGGUGUGCUUAAGCACACUUCGCACACUUACCAGCAUCCCGCCGCAAGAAAAUCCCAACUCCGACAACGCUGGAUCCGGAUCAUCGGCCGACCCCUUUUCCGGUGACACGGACCAUCUGGAAAUAAGCGAGGAGGAUGGGGUGCGGGUGAAUGUGGUGCAUAUCUCCCAACAGUCGUCCGUGCUUAACUCAGACGGCCAAAGCACGGUCAACGGCGUCGCCACCAAAGAAGUCGAGGCCGAGAAGCUGAGCCCUCGCGGCGCGCUGCCUGCCAACGGCAAGUUCAUCGCAACGGCGCUGGGAGUCGGCGUCUGCGCGCUGUUGGUGGCAUGGAAGUUCAAGCAUUAAGGAGAAGCGCUCCACCUUCAAGGCAGUGUUUCCCAACCGCUUUUUGAGCCAUUCGCAUUAAAAAAAGUCUCACAGCACACCUGGCCCAGAAAUGUCCUAGUUAACUGCCCCCAAAAAUAAUUGUGUUUUAGCUCAUUCAGGGGACAUGCCAUCGCGUCACUCAACUGGUAGCCGAGGUCUAUCUUUCACUAUUUUGGAGCUUCCUUUUAUCUAUUUUUCUUCCAUUCAUAUUCGACAAGCUAGUCAGCAGACACAUAGACAAGAUAAUAACACUAUUCUCUGUGGCGUGACAAAUUCAUUUUGACAUGUUAUUUUCACUUUACAAUGACCUAAUUGAAAUUGUAUAAUUUUCCGCAGCACUAUGGUUGGGAAUCGCUGUUUAAGGUGAUCAAUUUACGUGUGCCUUAUUGUUAUGAAAACCUCCUGAUGUUUUAAGGUUUAAUACUAGCAAGUAUGCAGAGUUUGUAGAUGUUAUUUUUUUAUUUAUUUGAAAAUAUGGUAUUGUUCUAUGCUGGAUACACACUGAUAUUGAUUUAAUGCCACGUUUAAAUUGUAUGAUUAGCAUUUUUUGUAAUGGUAAUAGUUAGAACCAUCUUCUAAUAAGGAGUGGGAAAAGCUCAUGCUUGAAGGCCACAUUAGUCGAACCCUUAUUAUGAUUAUAUGAUUGAGAAAAAAAAAUUGUAUUUUAAAAAUGUACAGUUAUUUAUUUUAAUAUUUAAGUAAAACUCAAUAGAUAUUCAUUUUAAAGUCUAAGAAAUGGUCCGUUUCAGGGUAAUAUAUUUUUUAAAAGCUGUUUAGUCACCUUUUUAAGUGGCACGAAUAUAAAGAGAAACAGUAAAAUUAUGAAAGGCUGGAAGACUGCUGCUGCUUACUGUGUAUAACUUACACAGUCCUGUUUUGAAGCUAUUUCUUUGUAUAUACACAGUAAUUUGUACAGUAUGAUAAUAAAAUUGGACCCCCUAAAGUCA